GUGAAAAUCUAUCAAAUAUAGGACGUGAGGCAGCUGGUUUAGCCAAUUAUCACAAAGUUGAUUCGCCUGAAUAGGAAUAAAGAAUAAAGCAUUAAAACAAAAAACUCUUUUCCAAACCCAAAAAAAAAAAAACCAAAAAUAGUGUUGAAUUUCUCAAUCAUUGGCCUAAAAACAAGUUAAACUUUUACACAAUUAUACACAUUUUGGAAGUAUACAAAAUAAACUAAAAUCAAAAAUUACUAAAGAACUUUAAAAGUAAAUUAAAAAUGGAUCAACAUGACGCGGAUAGCUGCAAGUGCCACAAACAAGCGGCUCCCGCACAGCAAACGCUAAGCGAUAUGGAAUUCGAUCGUGGCAUAUGGAAUGCAGCCAUUUACAAUGAGCCGGAGCGUGUACGCAAUUUCAUUAGUCGCGGCAAAUCAAUGGAUCGCGAUGACUUCGACUACACAGCAUUGCAUUAUGCAGCACGUAAUGGUAAUAUAGAAAUAUGUAAAAUGUUGAUAGAAGAGGGCAAAGCUGAUGUGGAUGCUGUUACGAAAAGUGGCGCCACAGCCUUACAUCGUGCUGCUAUGAUGGGUCAUCUAAAUGUUGUUAAACUAUUGAUUACCGCCAAAGCUAAUCUCCAACUGCAAGACGAGUACGGUCAGACUGCACUUCAUCGUGCUGCUAUACGUGGUCAUUUGGAUGUUUGUAAAUAUUUACUGGAAAAGGAUGCUAAAUUGAAGGAAGUUAAGGAUAAAAAAGAAAAAAUACCCUAUGAAUAUAUAAUGGAGAAUGCCAAUGAUGAUUUCAAAUUAUUGCUUAAGCCUUAGAGUUGAAAACGUACGAGACCAGAGCGAAAAGAAAAACAAAACAAAAACAGCUAAAAGAAAAUACAACAAACAAACUAAACAGUUGUAUCUAUAAUUGUAAUUUUACACAGAACCCCAGAUGUGUUAGAACUAUUUUAUGUAUGUAUUCGCAUUUAUGUACAAAAAAAAAA